AUGGCAGCUACAGAGGAGCUCAGUGGCAUCCUAUUGAGGAGACAGGCGAUAAAUGAUAAACUUGAAGAAGGUGUCGAGGUCAAGCCUCAAUACAAAAUCGUAAACGUUUAUACGGAAUUUCACGAAUUCUCCAGGAAGGAAAUAAAACAGUACGAGGACACGUUUAACAAAUUCGACGAGGGUAAAGAUGGUUACCUGGAUCUGAACGAAGUCAAACGUAUGAUGGAACGACUGGGCGCACCGCAAACCCAUCUUGGAUUAAAAGCCAUGAUAUCUGAGGUGGACGAAGACGGUGACAACAAAAUUAGCUUUCGAGAAUUCUUACUAAUUUACCGAAAAGCGAGAGCGGGCGAGCUUGAAACAGACUCCGGACUUGAAGCACUCGCGCGGUUAACUGAGAUUAAUGUAGAUCAAGUAGGGGUAAAUGGAGCCAAAAAUUUCUUUGAAGCUAAGAUCGAAGAACUAGCGAAAACUAAUAAAUUUCACACUGAAAUUAUACAAGAACAAGAGGAAAAGCGACGCGAGGCUGAGGAAAAGGCAAUGCGUAAGCAGAGAUUUAAGGAAAAAUCGGCCGUAUUUCAACAGUGAUCGGUGGAAUUUAUGGAACAUUAUAGUUAUAUUAUGGAUACCUAGGUAAUCGAAAUAUGUUCAGGCAAACUAUCUAGAAUAUAUUAUUAUAGUAGGUGUUUAGUUAAGAUAAGAAAUUAUACCUCUUACAAAAUUUCUAAGGAAGCAAACAACACAGGUUUUCGACCAAGAAGUUUACUAAGCAAUAGUUUGCGUUCGAAUUAUCAUUAUGUAAAGUACAAUCAAUCCCAUCAGCUAUGAUAAGUGUCCUAACCUAAUCCUUAUAUGGUUGAUGUGUUGAUUCAAUAUGAGCUCUCUGGCGCUGUUAUCUCAUAAGUGGGAGGUCCAGGGUUCAAUCUCCACGAGAGUAAUCUCUGGGGGAUCAGGUGGGAGGCAUCGGCCGUAGUUAGUUACCUAACGGCCCUAAGUAAGACGUGCCACCAAGAGAUUCAGCGUUCCGGUACGAUGACCCGUAAAAACUGAUUAAAAGUAGGUAUCUAUCAGGUUGCAAUAAAACACCCAUACCCCUAAUAGGUUAGCCCUCUACCAUGUUAGACUGCCUCAUGGUCACCACCAAGUGAGCCUGUAGUCAAGGGCUAACUUGUUCUGGAAUUUAAAAAAAAAAGCGCUGUGGUGAACAAAGUCGUCAUAUGCCUUUCCCGUGCAUUUAGCUUGAGUACCAUAAGGCCCAGAGAUUAAAUGGACAUUUUCUAAUCGAGUCUGACUCAGGUAGUCCACAAGUCAGUCAUACCUCAGGCAUGAUUGUCCCAAAGCGAGCUCAAAAUAACUGAAUUAGCUUAUAGCCCUUGGUCGACACGAGACGCAGCUAAACUCCCGUAAAAUCAAACAGUUACCUUAUUAUAUCUACCUAAAAAAUUAAAAUAAGCUGUUGGCCUAUCUAGUCUGUAAGCUGUUACCAUAUGGCUUUAGGGAUAAACAAUCUGUUAUUUUUAGCAAAAGAUUUAGCGCAUCAUGUCAAAAUUGCUUUUGGUUUUAAAUUUUUUUUAAUGAAUUAAACUUAGGAACUUCGUGCAUUAUGUUUUAUGUUAUGUUAAACCUGUUUAAUAUUAUAACCUAAGUUGUAAGGGUAAACGCAGACCGCACGUCAAACUCUGAUUGCAUACUCAUAUUUCUACGUUUGAUAUUGUGAUAUUUCCAUUAAAUUACUUAAACACAAUCUGUA